UCGCUCGCGCUCCCUCCGCGUGAAACAAAGUGUAGUGUCCGCGAGAGCCCGUAGGAAGCGAAAAGAGAGAAACGGGAGAAAGGAGAGAAUGGGGCGGCUGAAUCCCAAACUACACCAGGAAUAAUAACCACAUUGCGAAAAAGAAGACGGAAGACGGAGGAAAACUCGGAGGAAGAAAACUUUUCAGGGGGAAACUGUUACAGACUCUCGCACGGCCACGGUUUAAAACAUGGAUACACUGUUCCCUGUACUCCUGGGACUCCUGUUCGUCUUUUCGGCAGUUGAUCAUGUCUGCAGCCAAAUACCAACAGCUCACAUGGGGCGCGCUGAGAAGGGAAGCUGUACGUUUGAUGAGGGCUUCUCUCAGUGCGAUUACCAACAAGAUCCUUAUGAUGACUUCGACUGGACACACAUCAACACCCAGGAAGUACCAUAUGUCUCACCAGAUUUGCCACAAGGUUCCUACAUGUAUGUUGACAUCUCUCAAUAUGAUGCCGGAGAGAAGGCAAGGUUUCAGCUGCCUGUCAUGAAGGAGAAUGACACGCACUGUAUUGACUUCAACUAUCUCCUAACCAGCCCUGAUGGCUCCAGCCCUGGCACCCUCAACGUCCUGGUGAAGGUAAACAAGGGCCCUUUGGCCAACCCUAUAUGGAAUGUGACAUCCUACACUGGUAAAGACUGGCUGAGAGCAGAACUUGCUGUGUCCACCUUUUGGCCCAAUGAAUAUCAGGUCAUAUUUGAAGCAGAGAUUUCGGACAGCAAAGCCGGCUUUAUCGCCAUAGACGACAUUCAGGUGCUCAGCUAUCCAUGCGAUAAAUCCCCUCAUUUCCUGCGCCUUGGGGAUGUAGAGGUGAAUGCUGGACAGAAUGCUACAUUUCAGUGUAUUGCCACAGGCCGAGACACCUCCAACAAUAAACUCUGGCUACAGAGGAGAAAUGGAGAAGAUAUUCCUGUGGCCUUGACAAAAAACAUCAACCACAGAAGGUUUGCUGCCUCCUUCCACCUCAAAGAAGUCACCAAUCAGGAUCAAGAUCUGUAUCGCUGCGUCACCCAAUCAGAGCGUGGCUCUGGGGUGUCUAACUUUGCGGGUCUUAUCGUCAGAGAGCCUCCGCACCCCAUUGCCCCACCUCAGCUCCUUGGCGUCGGCCCGACGUAUUUGCUAAUUCAGCUCAACGCAAACUCCAUAUUUGGAGAUGGACCGAUAAUACUUAAAGAGGUUGAGUACCGUAUGACAUCAGGUAGCUGGACUGAGACUCACGCUGUGAACUCUCCUAACUACAAGUUAUGGCACCUUGACCCAGACACAGAGUACGAGAUCAGAGUGUUACUAACCCGACCAGGAGAAGGAGGAACAGGCAAGCCUGGGCCCCCACUCAUUACUCGGACCAAAUGUGCAGAACCCAUGCGGACUCCAAAGAGGCUGAAAAUUGCUGAGACCCGUUCUCUGAUAGCGGUGGACUGGGAAUCACUGGGUUACAAUAUCACCCGCUGUCACACCUUUAACGUUACCAUCUGUUACCAUUACACGACUGCCAACAACCACAGCAAAGCUGACUGCUUGGACAUGGAUCCUAAAGCACCACGCCACUUGGUGGGAAACCUGCCACCCUACACAAAUGUUAGUCUGAAGAUGAUACUUACCAAUCCAGAGGGGCGCAAAGAGAGUGAUGAAACCAUCAUACAAACUGAUGAAGAUGUUCCAGGUGCAGUUCCCAGUCAGUCACUCAGAGCCACUCCAUCUGAAGAGACAAUAAGUCUCUACUGGAAGGAACCAGCUGAACCCAAUGGAGUGAUCAUACAGUAUGAGAUCAGCUACAGCGGUGUGCGAUCAUUUGACCCUUCGGUUCCGCUGCAACGACCAGGACUCACAGUGUCUCUGCCAUCAAACGCUACCCAUCACAUGUUUUCCCAGCUCCACCCGGGUGUCACGUACCUGCUCUCUAUUCGAGCAUCUACUUCCAAAGGGUUUGGUCCAGCAACGAUGCUUAAUGUGACAACUAAUAUUUCAGCUCCAACUAUAGAUGAGUAUGAUGGGUCAGAGGCUUUUCUAAAUGAAACUGCAACAACCAUCACUGUCCUGCUGAAACCUGCCCAGGCUAAGGGAGCACCCAUAAGUGCAUACCAGAUUGUGGUGGAAGAAGUGAAUCCUCAGCGAACACGUCGUCAGGCUUCCUCUGACUGUUAUGAGGUACCAGUUUCAUACCACAGUGCAUCUAGUGGUGGAUCCCCAUAUUAUUAUGCUGCCCAGCUUUCCCCCAGCAACCUGCCUGAGCCACUUCCCUUUACUGUGGGAGACAACAAGACAUAUCAGGGUUUCUGGAAUCCUCCACUAGCUCCAAGGAAGAACUACAACAUCUAUCUUCAAGCUGUUAGCAGCACAGAGAGGGAAACUAAGACGCAAUGUCUGAGGCUGGCAGCUAAACGUGCUACAGAGGAACCGGAAGUCAUCCCUGACCCCGCUAAACAAACAGAUCGUGUGGUGAAAAUCGCUGGAAUAAGUGCUGGUGUUCUCGUUUUUAUACUGCUGGUGCUGGUAGCCAUCCUGCUGGUCAAGAAGAGGAGGACCUACUAUUCAUACUCUUAUUACCUGAAACUGGCUAAAAAACGUAAAGAUGCAAUUGGGACAACACGGCAAGAAAUGACACACAUGGUGAAUGCUAUGGACCGCAGCUAUGCUGACCAGAGCACUCUGCAUGGAGAAGACCCAAUGGCUGUGACAUUUAUGGACUCUCACAACUACAACAACAGAUUGCCCAACGACCCUCUGGUUCCUACUGCUGUGUUAGUUCCAAUCACAGAUGAGAACCACAGUGGCUCUGCAGCAGAGAACAGCAGACUCCUGGACGUCCCUCGGUAUCACUGUGAAGGAACUGAAUCUCCUUAUCAGACAGGACAACUUCACCCUGCCAUCAGAGUGGCUGAUCUCCUACAGCACAUCAACUUAAUGAAAACAUCUGACAGCUACGGCUUCAAAGAAGAAUAUGAAAGCUUCUUCGAGGGCCAGUCGGCCUCCUGGGACGUAGCCAAGAAAGAGCAGAAUCGUACCAAAAACCGCUAUGGGAACAUUAUAGCAUAUGACCAUUCAAGGGUUAUUCUCCAGCCCAUAGAAGACGACCCAUCCUCCGACUACAUCAACGCCAACUACAUCGAUGGAUACCAGAGGCCAAGUCACUACAUUGCUACUCAGGGUCCUGUUCAUGAGACAGUGUAUGACUUCUGGAGGAUGGUGUGGCAGGAACAGUCAGCCUGCAUCGUGAUGGUAACCAAUCUGGUGGAGGUUGGAAGGGUCAAGUGCUAUAAGUAUUGGCCAGAUGAUGCCGAAGUGUAUGGAGACUUCAAGGUGACUUUUGUAGAGGUUGAACCUCUUGCUGAAUACGUGGUUCGCACAUUUACAUUGGAGAGGCGUGGUUUCAAUGAAGUCCGGGAAGUCAAGCAGUUCCAUUUCACAGGCUGGCCUGAUCAUGGAGUUCCAUAUCACGCCACGGGACUACUUUCCUUCAUCCGCAGAGUUAAAAUUUCCAAUCCACCCUCUGCAGGACCAAUCGUGGUGCACUGCAGUGCUGGAGCAGGACGCACUGGCUGUUUCAUAGUCAUCGACAUCAUGCUGGACAUGGCAGAGAGAGAAGGCGUGGUCGACAUCUACAACUGUGUCAAGGCUCUUCGCUCCAGGAGGAUCAACAUGGUACAGACUGAGGAGCAGUAUAUAUUCAUCCAUGACGCCAUACUGGAGGCUUGUCUAUGUGGAGAAACUGCCAUACCAGUCUGCGAGUUCAAAGCGGCUUUUUAUGAGCUGAUCCGCAUAGAUUCCCAGACCAACUCAUCCCAUCUGAAGGAUGAGUUCCAGACGUUAAACUCAGUGACUCCCCAGCCUCAGCCAGAAGACUGCAGCAUUGCACUGUUGCCUAGAAACCAAGAUAAGAACCGCUUUAUGGAUGGACUACCUCCCGAUAGAUGCUUACCCUUUCUUAUCACAAUAGAUGGAGAAAGCAGCAACUACAUCAAUGCUGCCCUGAUGGAUCUGUCAGAAGAGUUCCAGAGCUACAGACAGCCUGCUGCAUUCAUCGUUACCCAGCAUCCUUUGCCUAACACUGUCAAAGACUUUUGGCGUCUAGUUUAUGACUAUGGAUGUACCAGUCUGGUGAUGCUGAAUGAGAUCGACUUGGCUCAGGGUUGUCCUCAAUACUGGCCAGAGGAGGGAAUGCUGCGUUACGGUCCAGUCCAGGUGGAAUGUAUGUCCUGCUCGAUGGACUGUGAUGUUAUCAGUAGACUCUUCAGAGUCUGCAACCUGACGAGGCCUCAGGAAGGCUACCUGAUGGUUCGUCAGUUCCAGUACUUGGGUUGGGCGGGUCAUAGAGAAGUCCCCGCCUCCAAGCGCUCCUUCCUCAAAUUGAUUCUUCAGGUCGAUCAGUGGCAACGUGAGGGAGAAGAGGGCGAGGGCAGAACCAUUGUACAUUGCCUAAAUGGAGGUGGACGUAGUGGAGUAUUCUGUGCCAGCAGUAUCGUGUGUGAGAUGGCCAAGAGACAGAGUGUGGUUGAUGUUUUCCACGCUGUGAAAACCUUGAGGAACAGCAAACCUAACAUGGUGGAUACUCCGGAGCAGUAUAGGUUCUGCUACGACCUGGCAUUGGAGUUCAUCGAGUCCUCCUAAGCCAAGGAUAGAAUUGGAGAAGAUGAAGAAGAGCUGGAGAACAUCUGUUCACUUCUUGUGUGUUUGACCUUUUGCUUGGUCCCGACUCCCUUCCUGUGGUGGCCGUUCUGUAGCAUCCAUUUUGCAUCCCUACAAAUGGCGCAAGUGAAUUUGGCUCCUUGUACAGUGAUGUUGAACAAAGGGAAAUGUUUAGACUUUGGACAGGGAGUGUAAUAAAGAGGAGUUAAGCAGAGGAGGAGAUGGUACUCCUGUUCCUCCUUUAUUCUUAUUGUACAGCUUUUGAGUGCCAGCGGGCCCCUGUAUGUUUUGGGCCCCAUCUAAACAUUUAGCCUCUCGCCACAGCUCCCACGGACAUAAUGCUUUGUGCUGUUUCAGCUACAGUACUCAAUGUGCACUGCAGAUGUCUCCCUUCCCCUUGCAAAAUGCAACCACAGCCUUUGAUAAAACGCAAAUUAAAAUUACCAUUGGCCCCACGUUACUGCUCUUGUGCUAAUUUAACAGUGUUGGGCAUCUCAUCAUGGUGAUGUUUAAAUAUUUGCAGCUGGUACUUUUGUAUAAGAACAAGAAACUCUAUGACUAAUUCUGUUUCUAGUCCAGAUUUCUUCAUCUUAUUUUCUGCUCAUUUCAGUGAACUCUGUGUCACAACAUUACUAUGUAUUUUUAUUAUGUACUCAUUAGUCACUUUGAACUCAUUUUACUUCAGUUACACAUGGUUGAUUGUUGGAUUAUGGAACAGACAAAGAAAAUUAACUAUACAUCAUUCUAAGUUUGACUCUUAAAUACAAUAGCGUCUGAGAAAAACACUGACUAUGAGACGAGACAAAAUGGAAAGUUUACAUUGGGAGUAUUUGGCUUUUAGAUUUUUUAUAAUAACAUAAAAUGGUAACUUGAAAAAUGUUAUGUAGGAUUUUCACUAAAAUGUAUUUGUGUUUUCUUGUCAUUGUUUAUGUUUUGUGCAGUCACUGAGAGCUGCUGAGUUUAUUUUUUCUGAUUACUUUUAUAGUAUCAUGUACCAGUCUACUGUAAAGAAGUGUUGAAGUCCUCUUUGUACCCCAAAUUGUAAAAUGGAACACGUGUUCAUCCAUGUGACAUUAGCCUAAUCAUGUUUGUUUCAGGGCUGGGCCCAAUGCACUUUCAAUUCAGCCAAUUAACAAAAGGAGCAUCGUUCAAAAACAUGAACAGCUUUUGGAAAGAAGAAAAUCAGUUCAUUUACUAUUAUCAACAAAUGAGAUUUAACAUUUUUUCUGAAAGGAUAAAUUACAGUUUGCAUUUAGGCUUUGAAGAGAAUUGGAAGUGAACUGAUCCCAGGCCUCAUUUGUUUUGUGCACUGGUGGUCAACACUUGUUUUGAUAUUAUUUUGUAGCUGAUGUUUAUUCAUAAGCCAAAGACUUUAUGUAAAUAUAUCUAUAUGGAUGAAGCACAUUGUUUGUAUUUAUUGUUUGUUUACUUGCAUUGCUUGUAAGAACAAUCAUUUUUCAUUCCAUGUUUACUCUUACCACCGGCAUUUCUUAACCCACGCGUUGGGACGCAAAAUGGGCUGCAAGUCUGUUUCUUCUGGAGCCUGAGAGUGUUAGUGUGAUGUACUGAGCCCAUAUGUGGUCCCAAAGUUAGACACUACAUCUGGUCAAUUUGGGUCCGUGAAGAAGAGUUUAAGAAUCCCUGAUUGAAGCUGUAUAUUAAAGCAUUAGAGGUAGCUUUUCAGUAUUUAGGUGGAAUUCUCUAGUAUUGUCUUUGUUUUCACUUAAUGAAUCUCUGUGACGUUAAUGUGGUUUAUUUGUGUAAAGCCCAUGGCUCUGUUCGUGGUCAGUAGAACAUCAGUGCAUUUAUAUGCACAAAGUAUUUUGGAUAAUAGCUCCUAUCCCUCUUAACAUCUCAGUCGGGAUAAGCUGUUUAUCUUUAUCCUCAUAUCCUGUUCACCAUUAUCCCUGACACACACUGACUCAGUUGUGCAAACAGGCUUAGUGGCUGGAACAAGCAGGACUGUGAUACAAAAACAUUUAUUGUGCCUAAUCAUUUAACAGUAUCUUUGAUCGCAACCAGGGCCUUGAUGAAUGCGUUCUCAUGGACGAUCAGUGUUUUGAACACCUUUUGGACCAUGAUUCAUUGUGUUUUAUUCAUUAGAGUGCUUCUUUGUAAGGUUUUAUGAGCUUACCGAAUACCAGAUGUUUGUGCACAAACUGAUUCAGAAAAAAAACUUUAUUGUAAAUAAAAUGCCAUAUGUUCCAUACAGUUGGAGCAAGAACAGCCCUUCUCCCGAGUAUGUUUUGUAAAUAGACUACCAUGAGUACUCUUAAUAGCUCUAUUGUUAGAUGAACAGUAGAGAUGUAGAUGAUGGAUGCAAUGUCAGAACAUUAGUUCUGUUGUAGAUAAAAAAAAAGUCACAGAUUGUACUCCUGGAGGGUUCAAAUUCAGAUAUUACCAGAUGGUGAAUUUCACUGAAUACAGAACUUUGUUUUGUUGGUGAAACAUCAGCUUUCAGUUUAUUUUCUCUAGAUUUCUGUUCUGACCCAAAGAAGGGAAGCAAAACUCAGAGGCCAUAAUGUUGUAGUAGUUUAGUUGUCUUCGAUGAUGGUGGGAUUUACCGGUUUGGCUAAACAAGCGACCGUCUCACCAGAGAGUGAUGAGGAUAUUAACAGAAAGUGACUACAGUAAGGAAAUCUGCUGAACUACGCUCUUAUGGGAAAAGUUGUGAAAAAAUCUGAAAAUACCCAUAAUUCUUGUCUACUAAAUCUGAAGGCCCUCAAGUGUACUGAAUGAAGCUGGCCACUGGACGGCAGGUCAGUCUGAGUACAGAAUUGAUAUUCAUGGUUCAUAAUUAUUCUUGUCUGUAAUGUUUGGCUUCUUUGCUGUAAUAAAAACCACUUCUUUAAUAAAA